ACUAAGGAUCUUUCCUCUUCCUCGUGUCAUAACAUGGUGGUUGACUUUGAGGAGAUCCUGAUAAUUUCAGCUACCAAUUGAACAUUUGCGUAAACUAACACGCUGAAACAAUGCCGCGCUACGAACUCGCCCUUAUCCUGAAGGCGAUGCAGAGACCAGAGACAGCAGCGGCUCUCCGGCGGACCGUGGAGACUUUAAUGGAGCAGGGCGCUGUGGUUAGAGACAUGGAGAAUCUAGGAGAGAGACUCUUGCCUUAUGCGAUGAACAAACACAACCAGAGACACCGCCGAGGAUCAUACUUUUUGAUCGACUUCUACGCAUCUCCCAGCAUCCUCACGGGCCUUUUCGAUCACUUACAUCGUGAUGUGGACGUGGUGAGACCUACAGUGCUGAAGAAGGAUACGGAGAAGUCCAAACAAACAUGUUGCGGCCCCAAUCAAUAAUUGGACGUGUUUGCAGUUCAUAUGCAGAGGAUGUGCUGUUAUAUGCUACACUGACAUCAUUUUAGUUGUUUUUUGUGAUAAUAAUAAACUUUUUAAAAAAAAUAA